GUCAAAGUCAGGUCUCUUCUUGCCUUUUUGACUCUCUGCUCGCUCAUCUCUUCCUUCUUCAUCAGCUUCUCCUUUUACUCUCUCUCUUUUCAACACAUCAAACUCCAUCUUCUAUAUCCUGCAGCCUUUCUCUCCUCGACUCCCCUUGUUCCUUUGACGACCACGGCAAGGCGGGGAAGCAAGCGCAAAAGGACGGACGUCAAGCAAAGCAACCCAAGCUCAACCCCACUCGCCUUGCGACUUGCUCUCCUUCUCCUCCUCCUCCUCGGUUUGGCCGCUCCAGGCCCAUGUCAUGACCCCUCCUCUCUCUUACAUCUCGCCUCUUCAUCUUCGCCUUCAGCUCUAGGACUCUCGACCUCAGCCCGCCGUCGCCUACAGCUUUGAUCCUUCCCCCGCCGUCCUGACCCAACCCCGGUCCAGCCCUCCUCGGUACCUGAUUUCUAGAACACUCACGGAAUACCUUCGUCCUUCGGUCAAAUCCGAAUUCCUGGGGUCUACCUUGCUAGGAUUGAGCCUUGUCUGCUCUGAAGACCGUUCACGAGGGUGCUUUGAUAGCUGAGCCUGAAUAACAGCUGUUCCCCUUACCUUCGAUCCCUCCAAAUUGGCGCCGGCCUUUUCUUUUCUCGGCUGGAAAGUCGACAGGCGUCGUCUCGCACAACACUCGACGAUAUCUAUAUAAAUACUUGCAGCCUCAACCACCGUCAAAUCAUGGCCGGUCCAUUUUCUAGUCCCUUUGGGGAGAAUAGCAACCCCUUUGGAACAGACAGAGGGCAAGCUUCGAACAACCUGAUGCAUCGUGUUAUCGAAGAGGAUGAGACGGACAACAUCACAUCACCCACAAACCGCAGCUUUGGAGCGCAAAACUCUGGAUCGCUGUUCUCAGGUCCCUUUGGCGGCGGCUUCGGCGGCGAUGCCGGGGGUGAUGUACCUCCCAGCUCUCGAACACCCCCGAACCCAGAUAGUUAUCCUGCCCAGUACAACUUUGGGCGCCGGACUUCAGUGUCUGCCGAAUCUCUGAAGCCUGGCGCUGAUUCUAAUGAUAAUUGGUCUCCCCCCUACCACGAGAAGUCGGCCGACCAGCUUGAGCGCCUCAAGCGUGCCAUUGAGGGCAACUUUCUCUUUAACCACCUGGAAGAUGAGCAGAGUGCUCAAAUUCUGGGCGCUCUGGUCGAGAAGCCGAUACCCGCUAAGGGAAUUAAGGUGAUCAGCCAGGGUGAUGCCGGCGACUACUUCUACGUCGUCGAGAAGGGAUCCUUUGAUGUUUACGUCAACCCUGCUGGCACUCUCCAGCCCGGCCCAGACGGCAUGGGUAACCAGGUUGGUAACAUCCAGGCUGGCGGCUCUUUCGGCGAGCUUGCCCUCAUGUAUAACGCGCCCCGAGCCGCAACUGUCAUCUCUGCCGAACCCGGGUGCACUCUAUGGGCUCUUGACCGUGUGACGUUCCGACGCAUUCUUAUGGAGUCGACGUUUGCCCGAAGACGGAUGUACGAGAGCUUCCUUGAAGAGGUGCCGCUACUGGCGAGCCUGACGCCGUACGAGAGGUCCAAGAUUGCAGAUGCUCUGGAGACCAGGAAGUUUGCGCCAGGACAGAUCAUCAUCAACGAGGGAGAUCCCGGCCAUUCGUUUUACCUGCUGGAGAACGGUGAGGCAGAUGCCUACAAGGGCAGCCCGGAGAACAAGGUGCGGCAUUACGUCAAAGGCGACUUCUUUGGUGAGCUUGCACUUCUCAAUGAUGCACCACGGGCAGCUAGUAUCGUGGCCACGUCGGACGUCAAGGUGGCGAGCCUGGGCAAGAACGCGUUCCAGCGACUGUUGGGACCUGUGGAGGGUAUUCUUCGACGGACCAAGUACCCGGGCGUCAAGUCUGGCGUCGAGGAGAUGGACCCUCUGCACGCUGGAUAGAUGGGCAAACAACAAGAUUGGUACGGAUGUGUGUAUGUUUAUGGCAGGAUGGUGGAUGAGCAGAAGAAUCUCGGUGUAUGAGGGUGGUUGGAUCAAGCAAGUGUAACCCCAAUUUGCCUCGAGUGGACGGUCUGGAUACGAUUGUAUCCGAGUUGAGGGGUUGACGUGAGGUGACGCAUGGAAGAAAUGGACUUGUGGUUGGCGUUUUGUGAGGUUCUUCUCCCACCUUCGCUUUCCUGAGACAGCAUGGCUAGGUAGGUAGUGAUCAGAUACCUUGGUCGAUAUCAGCAUCAUCAUGAUUAUGCAGUACUCGCCGCUCAAUUUCCUGU